AUCGAGAUCGAAGGAGGACGGUUGCAGAUGGAGAUCGCUGGCAUUGGUAAGCAGGGGAUUGGCGAUCAAUUUGUCGCAGAUGAGGAGAACCGAGCAGUGCAGGGUACGGACAACGCGGAGAAAAUGAUCGGUCUCUUCCUGAUUGGUGCAUCAACAAUCGUUGAGAGGGUCAGGCCUCCUCCAGAACCACCGCCAAGGGUUGAUCUACGCGCUUUGGAGUUUGCUUCUGAUUUACCUUUUCGGCAUUUUAAUUUUCAAGUUAAGACGUUUGUGUUUUGUUGUUAUUUUAUUUUAUGCUGUAAGACUCUUGCAUUAGGUUUGGGGGAUGGAAAGUCUGCAGUAACCGUCAUUGGCUCUAAGUUGCCCAAUUUUGGUCUAGCGAGUUAUACUGCUUUUUUACAGGUGGUUAACUCUCAGUCUCGGCCACGGGCGGAUGGUUACAUGUGGUUCUUUUCUGCUUUUGUACCCUUGCUGAAUGCUAUUUCUAUGAAUUAAGUCUUGUUCGAGC